CCCCUAGAUAAAGCUUACUUUGUAUUGGAUUGUAACCUCACAUACCCAUUUCCUGCUCUUGGAGGGAUUCUUCAUUUUAAUUCUUAGGAGAAUAUUGUAUUCCAUGAUAUUUUUAUCUCACCUAUGUUAAAAAAAAUAGGCUUUUGUUUCAGGGAGAAGCUAAAAUUCAUACCUUACACGUGCUGAAAAUUUAAUGUAGGGCACUUUAAAAAAGUAACAAGAGCAAUAAAACUUGGGGGGAAAAAACAGAUUCAGAAAGUAACAAGGAUAACAAGUCAGAUGAAACUUGAAGGAACUUUCCCAUUACUACAUGCCUUGGAUGGAAAUAGCCAACAAUUUGCCUCUCAUGAUAGAGAGUCAUCAGCUCCGAGUCAGAGUGGAUGAGAUGCCCCUAUUAAGCUGUCACCUCCUGAAAGGUCAUCGAGAACAAUACUUGGCUCAUCUGCUGCUUAGUUUUAUUACUAUGGGAUAUGUCUGGCAGGAAGGAGAGAAGAACAUUCCUAAGGUUCUUCCAAGAAACUUGGCCCUUCCCUUUGUGGAAGUCUCUCAAAAUUUGGGUCUACCUCCUAUACUGGUACACUCAGAUUUUGUCCUGUCAAACUGGAAGAAAAAGGAUCCAGAUGGACCUCUGGAAAUCAGGAACCUGGACAUCAUUGUCUCACUUCCCGGAGGUGAGAGUCUGAAGGGCUUUAUCCUGGUGACUCUUUUGGUGGAAAAGGCAGCAGUGCCUGGGAUUAAGGCGCUGACUCAGGCCAUAAAUGCAGUCCUUCAGUCCAGCGAAGAUGAGCUACUCCAGGCUUUGAAGCAGAUGAGAACAUCCGUUGUUGAUAUGAUCAAAGCCUUGAGACAAAUGCAUGAUUAUGUAGAUCCAGCCAUAUUUUAUGCAGUCAUCCGGAUCUUUCUCUCUGGCUGGAAGGAUAACCCAGCAAUUCCAGAGGGGCUGAUAUAUGAAGGAGUCUCAGAAGAGCCAUUGAAAUAUUCCGGAGGAAGUGCAGCUCAAAGCACAGUGUUUCAUGCAUUUGAUGAGUUAUUAGGUGUUUGUCAUAGCAAGGAAAGCACUGCUUUCUUGCACAGGAUGAGGGAGUACAUGCCUCCUUCCCACAGGGCUUUCAUAGAAGAAAUCCACUCUGCCCCUUCCCUGAGGGAAUACAUCUUGUCUUCUGGGAGCUGUCUGCUACGUGAAGCUUAUAAUCAAUGUGUGAUGGCCCUGGCAGAGCUGAGGAGCUGUCACAUCAACAUCGUAGCCAAGUAUGUCCUCACAGGGGCAACCAAGGCCAAAGAUGGGGGCCUGAGCCCCCUCCCAGGAACACCUCAGGCCCUGGCAGCGAGGGGAACAGGUGGAACGGCUGUCUUCAAUUUUCUGAAAAGUGUCAGGGACACAACCAUGGAAGGAAUCAUUAAGCAAUGUGACUGAAUUUGCCUCAACUUCUUGUAGGCCAAAGGAAAGAGGAAGAGGAAGAAUGUUUCUUUUCCCUUCUCAUUUCUUUUCCAGCCCUUCCACUUGCUUCAUGUCCCCUCUCCUCAAGUGGUUUGUCAGGAAUUGGUGGGUAUAAUCAAAUAGAACUCUGUGUUCUGGGUUCCAUGUAACAUCCUGUUCUCCUUUGUGAAGAGCCGUUCCUUAACAAAGAAAAAGAUUAGCAUUGCGCUUUGUCCAAGACAUUGCUCUGUCUGGGUAGUACUUAAUAGCAAAUGAUUUUGGACACAUCCUCAUUUAUAUAUAUGUAGUGGACCAUGUCUACUUUGUGCUGUCUGCAAGGUAAAUCUGCCCUCAGUCUAGAUAAAUGCUAUGAUAAAAUACUAUGAGAUUGCCUUGUUGACUAUUUCUUUACCAGAAAAAUUCAGAAUUCAUUAAACAAACAUUCAAUGCCAUUACUAUAGUCUUUAAAAUCCUAAAAGAUAAGUUCCAAGCUGGUUCAUUUUUGUCUUUGUUUUCCCAAUGCCUAUCACAGGGCUUUUCACAAAGUAGGUACUUAACAAAAGCUUGUAGAAUUUUGAAUUAUUUCAACUUUGUCUUUUCCCCAGUAGUCAGCACAGUGCUCUUCACCCAACAGGUAUUCCAUAAAAGUUUCUGAAUAAAUGAAUGAAUGAAUGCUGUAUACAAUAUCUUAUGUCUAUCAUUGGACAGAAUGCAAAAAACUCUCAGGACAUAAUCCCUGAUCUCACAGAGCUUGCAAUCUAGUGGAGAAACAAAGUAAACAACUUUCAUUUACAUAGUGUUUAAAAGUUUGGAAAGCCAUUUAUGUAUACUCUAUUUUGGCUUCACAACAGCCAUGGAAAAGCAGGUAUCACAUAUAAUAUUGUUUCUAUUUUAUAAAUGAAGAAAUUAAGGAUCGAAGAGACCCACAUGUUGCCCACAGUUAAUAUUAAUGUCACAGUUAGUGAUAUUUGAACCCAAGUUACUUCUGACUCCCAAUUUAGUGAUUUUAUAUGCUAUGCCAUACUGACAUGUACAAAAAUCGCUAUAAUUAAGAACUGUGUCAUAUUGGACUCCUAACAAGAGGGAGGAGUACAGCUUGGUUAUUAUUAUUUGUGCUAUAAUAAUUCAUUAUUUAAUUUUAUUUUCUAAACAACUCCAGGUUUGAGGAGUUCAAGAAACACUUGACUUGUAGGAGUUAAAAAACAAUGGUUCAGUACCUGAUUUGCAAGAAUAAUUAGGGAAAAUAGGCUAAAUAAGCUAGUGUGAGCUCCUAACUCAUUCCUCUUUUGGUGGCCUCCUCAAUAAAAGUCUUGUGCCAGUUUCUUGGAAGUUUUUGCCUCCUCAUCAGAUAGUAGGGUACCUUUCUCUCUCUCAUGUUCAGUCCUUUUUACUAGGGUAUACUGAGUGUACCUGACCCAAAUAUUUGGUAGUAUUUUUCAAGGAAGUUAAAGAUCCUACUUUUAGCCCCAUUGGUAAUUCAGCUAUUAUCAUGUUACAGAUGGUGAAACUGAGGUAGAAUGAAUUGCCUGAAAUCAGGACAGUAAAGAAUAUCUGGAAUUGGAUCUGAUUUUCUCACUCAAUUCUUUCCAUUAUAUCAUGGUUAUCUCAAGAAUUGAUAAGGGGAAUUGGUCACUUUAGGCUGGGUGUAGGAUGGGGAAUCUGAGAAGAUUUCAUGGGCAAGAUGGUAUUUGAUAAAAUGGCAAAUGGAGUGGUAAAAUAUUAAGGAAACUCAAGUACUCCAGUUUGGCUGAGUGAAACUAAAAACAUAAAUAAAGGUAGAGAGGGGCACUAAAUGAUAGUCUGAGGAAUCUGUACAUCACCUAUCGGGCCCUAGGUAUCAAAGAAACAUUAAUGCUCUUUGACUGGAUAUGACAAAAUCUGAGUUGCAGAGAUAAGGCACCUGGCCACUUUGUGUAGGAUGGGCUAAAGGAGCAAGAGACUAGAAUCAGAUCAGUUAAGAGGCUGUUUUAAUAACUGUUUAGUUGGAUAGCAGAGUGUGAAACAGAGAGCUAUAUACAAUGAGCCUGAAUAGGUAGAUUGUGAAGGGCUUUUAGCACUAAAUAAAAUAGGCUAGAUUUUAUCCUAGAAGGAUAUUUGGUUUACUGAGAAGGAAAGUGACAUGUUCAGAUAUGUGCUUAAGGAAAAUCACUUCGGUAGCAGCAGGAAAAAUGUAAUGAAGUAAAGAGAGACUUGAGGCAGUGAGAUCAAUUAGGAGGUACUGGCAACAAUUCAGAUAAGAGGCAAUCAGAUCCUGAACUAAAAUGGAAGUUGUGUGAGUAUUCGAAUGGAUCAAAUGUAAGUGAUGUAGAAGCAGAACCAGAAAGACUUUACCUAGAUCCUAUGGGAUGAGAGACAGUGAAGAAUUAAGGAAAUUAUCAAUAUUAUUAAUUUGAGAGAAGGAAAGAAGUUCAAAAAAGGAGUGACCUUGAGGGAAAGAUAAAUUCUCUUUUGAACUUGAUGUAUUUGAUAUGUCUCUAGGACAUCUUACUUUAAUUGUCUAAUAGGCAAUUAGUGAUGACUGAAACUCAGGAAAGAUAUUGGAACUGGGUAUGGAUAUAUGGAUGAGCGAAUCAUCUGCAUAGAGGUUAACAUUAAAUUCUUGUUGCCGCCAGUAGAGAGUAUAAUGAGAAAAAAGUAGAGAACUUACAACAGAGACUUGAGCAAUAUCCUCAUUUAGGGAAAAUUAUCUGAUUGAGCAAAGAAGAUCAAGGAGAGGUUAAGGGGACAAGAGUAUUACUAGGAGAAAAUAGCUUCACAAAAGCCCAGAAAGAAGAGAGUUUUCAGGAGGAGGAAGAAUGGGGAAAAAAACUGAUUUAGUAAUUAAAACAUCAUCAGUAAUUUUGGAAACAAUAAUUCCCUACAAAUGAUGUGAUCAGAAAUCUAAUUGCAAAGGGAUUAAAGAGUGAAUGAGAAAGAGGAAAAAAAUGAAAACAAAAACAAAUAAUUUUUUAAAAAGAGGAAGAGGAGGCAGUGAGUAUAGACAGCAGUUUCUAGUUUCUGUCUGAGGAGAGACAUAGGAUUAUAACUUGUGGGUCUAAGAAUGGAGGAAGCUUAGUAAUAUUUGAAGGUGGCAGGGAAGGAACUAGUAUAUAAAACUUAUGCUAUUUAUCUCACAGGGUCCCUGUGAGACUAUAAAAUUUGAAGGUAUUGUAGAAAUAUGAAUUAUUUAUUAUUAGCACUAGUUUGAAUCCAUUAUUUUAUAAAGUUGUGUGUUAUUUGUUUUUGAAAACACCUUUGGCAGAGAUAGUUGGUUUAAGAGAAUAAUUCAGUGACUAAGUAACUAUAAAGGGACUGAGAUUUUAAGAGAGUGGUCAGAUUUUCUUUUAGGGACACGAAAAGGUCAAUUGGUUUGGGGUUUUUUUGCAUGAGAAAGUCGGGACAGUUUGCAGUACUUUUGCCACUGGACCCAGAUGACUCUGGAGGAGAAAGUGAGCCCAGUGACCUUAUACAGCCCUCCCUCACUUAAAUCCAAUUCAUGGAUUUCUUGUGUCAUGAUAUCACCUAUCUGAUGUCAUGAUCCUCUUUGAGAAUAAAGAACAAACAGCAAUAACAUAGCCAUCUCAUAACUUGUUUUUAUCAUUCUUUCUCUGAAAUA